AUGACGAUCCUUCAUGAGUAUGCCAGCAAGAUGUGGAGCUACAUCAGCCCCAGAAAGACGCAGAAGACUCGCGAGAAGCCCUUCCAGUUCAAGGUGCCGGCGGUGCCAGCGAAGCCGACCUUCAAGAACACCCCUCACCCACAGCCAGCAAAGCAACUCCUGACUCCGCCUGACCGUGAUCUGAGCCCCGAGUCGCGUGUCAAUGUCUGGCACACCAGGACACCCAGCCCCGGCAGCGAUGUCGACAUUACCCUGGUCCCAAUGUCGCCCCCGGACUCGGCCAUGCAGUCGUUCGAGGAACACGACGACUUCGAGGGCGACACGCUCUUCAACACCUCGCCAAUCUCACCCACCUUCUACAAAGGUGCAGGCCCCGAACUGGAAGUCGACGCAAACGACGACACCAUCGUCGUAGACGACGGCCGCUACCACGAGACCCACCGGGGAAUCAGCUUCGACGAGCGCCUGUUUAAGCAACAGAAGCAACGUCAGGAGCUGCAAGCCGCCGGCUGGUCCGAAGACGCCAUCUUCUUGUUCCAGAAGAUCAACAUGCGCGGCUACGAACCCUUGAUGCCCAUCGAGUGGGUCGACGACCUGACCAGCCUGCCCGCCGACCUCUUCACCGAGCGCCUCGACAAGCCCUUCAUCAAGCCCACCAUGGGCUCGCACUACCACGCCCAGCUCGCACUAACCUCCCUCCUCGAACUCGGCUCCCACGUCCGCGACGCCGUCCUCACCCACGCACCCCGCCGCCAGCCCCAAUACCACAUUAAACGCGCCCUACGCCGCUACACCUCCUGGGCCAUGAAAGACAGCCGCCUGACCCCGCACUGGCGCACGCUCCCGCUCUUCACCACCGUAACCGUCAACAAACACACGCCCUCGACCACCCUCGAGUCCCUCACGCUCGCGAAACUCGCCACCCUGCACGCCCGCUGGCAGUCCGCGCUCACCCCCCAAGCUUCGUUCUCAUCCACCCACUCCGCCGCGCUCGAGGCGCCGACCCUGUACGCGGUCUCAGCGUCCCACACUAUCAUGGCGCUGGUGAGCUACGUCCCCGCCUCGCGCGACGCCGGCGCGGGACUGCGGUUGAUCGCGCUGUUUGACUUUGGGAAAGAGGGGUUCGAUGUGUGGAAUGCGCUUGCGGCGGCGAUUUUCGUGGUGCAUUGCCGUAAUCGGAUGAUGGAGUUGAGGGAGUGGUUGCCUGUGCCUAUGGGUGAGGGGGAGGAGGGGGAGGGGGUGGAUCCGGAUUUGUAGGGGAGGGAUGGCGAGAGAAGGCGACGGUUGGUGAGAUGCAGAUUUGCGCAUGGAAAUGGACGGAAGGAAGACGAGGAGAGAAGCCGAUGUGAACAGCGGUGUUAUGGCGUUUUGCUUGUUUUCGGAGAUAUACCCCCUUAUGCCCUGUUCCUUAUACCCUGCCCCUUAUACCCUGCCCUGCCCGGCCCUGCACUGCGCUGCCCUGUCCUGGCCAUUGCAAUACCCCACUACUCCCUGGACGGAGGACGGAGGACGGAGGACGGAACCUGCACGCGAAGAAGUUGACAUCACGGUUUUUUGCUGCAAGUAGCUAUUAGUUGUUCAGAUCGAUACUUGACAUGAAUCGAAAUUACAAGAGAGAUCGUUCCGUGCCCACGCAUGUGACGACUCGCAGCUACAUGAUCUAGCCUGCGAGAGUCAGAUGUGCAAAUCCGAUCUCACUCCACUCUCCAACCAUCC